AUGGGAUUAUGCCAGUCUGCAGAGGACAAAGAGUUGACUCUCAAGUCGAAAGCCAUCGACAAGGAAAUGAUGGCAAAUCAUAUGUCACAGGCGAAAGUUGUCAAACUUUUGCUUCUUGGAGCCGGAGAAUGUGGAAAGAGUACAGUACUCAAACAGAUGAGGAUUCUCCACGAUCACGGAUUCACAGCUGAAGAAUCGGAACAACAAAAGAGUGUUGUAUUCAAUAACACUCUUCAGGCAAUGAUUUCAAUAUUGAAAGGAAUGGAAUCUCUUCGAAUGACUUUUGAUAAACCAAUCAGAGAGAAUGACGCGAAAUUUGUAAUGGAGGCUCACAAAAUGCUCCAGGAGGCGAAAGUGUUCCCAGAAGAAUUAGCAAACGCACUUCAAGCAUUAUAUUCGGACAAAGGGAUUCAGACGGUCAUGGCAAAAGGAAACGAGUUCCAAAUGCCGGAGAGUGCACCACAUUUUCUUGGCAGUCUUGAUCGAAUCAAAUUGCCGGACUACACUCCAACAGAGCAGGAUAUCCUUUUGUCUAGAAUCAAGACAACUGGAAUCGUUGAGGUCAAAUUCCAAAUGAAGAGUGUCGAUUUCAGAGUUUUCGAUGUCGGAGGUCAACGAUCCGAGCGUAAGAAGUGGAUUCAUUGUUUCGAAGAUGUCAAUGCAAUUAUCUUCAUUGCGGCCAUCUCGGAGUACGAUCAAGUUUUGUUCGAAGAUGAGACUACGAAUCGUAUGAUCGAAUCAAUGCGCUUGUUUGAAUCAAUCUGCAAUUCCCGCUGGUUUAUCAACACUUCAAUGAUUCUCUUCUUAAACAAAAAAGAUUUGUUCGCUGAGAAAAUCAAGCGAACCUCGAUCAAAAGUGCAUUCCCAGACUACAAAGGAGCCCAAACCUACGAUGAGUCGUGUCGAUACAUUGAGGAGAAGUUUGACGGAUUGAAUGCGAAUCCAGAGAAGACGAUAUACAUGCAUCAGACGUGUGCAACGGAUACGGAUCAGGUUCAGAUGAUUCUCGACUCCGUAAUCGAUAUGAUUAUCCAGGCCAACUUGCAAGGAUGCGGUUUGUACUGA